UGACAGCUAAUACUAUGACAGUGCCAAAAAAUCUUUUCAACAUUGUAAUACACCCACCCCGAAGUUUUACGACCAGAUUUAAGGGUUAUGUACGGAUGCACAAACGCACACAUCGAAGAAACUGAAUCAAAUAUGAACAACUUGUUCCGAACCCCCCACCCCCACCCCAGUGGGGAACUGUUCGGAAAGAUAACUCCUAGGUCUUUUACCCCCAAAAGCUUGGAAUCUACAUAUUCAGAAUAUCAGAUGACAUUGGAAUAGCAGAAGAUACAUUCUCAUUAUUUAUCAUCUUUUAAAGACCAAAUUGAAAACAUUGUACUGAACAGAUAUAUAAGAUUGAUUCUAGAAAUCUAUGGUAGAAUUCCUCUGAUAUAUUUACUCUGAAAUAUGUUAUUAGCAAACUUUCUGGACAUCACCGGUUGGAGUGUCUACAAGAUGAGUGUGUUUGCAAAUUAAACUUGGAUGAAUUUACUAAAGAGUAUUCAGACGAAAGUAACACUGGACAAAAAUACAGCAGUCAAAAUAUUUGUAAACGAAACACUAUAGAACCAAAGACAAGGAAAAAGAGUAUAUAUAUUGUAAUUUUCAAAGAGGAAUAAUGGAAAAGAGUGAGAAAGCAAAGGAUUUGACUUUUCCAGAAGAUAAAGCAAAGAGGAGACGAAAAUUGUCACAUGACUGUGAUGUCUGUAAAAGGUCUUUCUCUCGAAAGGGCAGCUUGAAUAAGGACAAAUGUGUUCAUGCAGUAGAGAAGCCAUUUCAUUGUGAAAUCUGUGGUAAAUCAUUUUCUGGAAGUAGUAGCUUGACCACACACCAACGUACUCAUACAGGGGAGAAGCCAUAUCACUGUGACAUCUGUGGUAAAUCGUUCUCUCAAAGUAGUGCUUUAACUCAUCAUAAACGUAUUCACACAGGAGAGACACCAUAUUCCUGUAAUAUCUGCAGUAAAUCAUUUUCUGGCAACAGUGCUUUGACUUCUCACAAACGUAUUCAUACAGGAGAGAAGCCAUAUAAGUGUGACAUCUGUAACAAAUCUUUCUCUCAGUGUAGUAGCCUAAUUACGCAUAAACGUAUUCAUACUGGACAGAAGCCAUUUCACUGUGACAUCUGUGGUACAUCAUUCUCCAUGAGUUUCAACUUAUCUAAACACAAAUAUAUCCAUACAGGAGAGAAGCCAUAUCACUGUGACAUCUGUGGCAAAUCAUUCUCCCGAAAUGGCACCUUAGCUACUCAUAAACGUGUUCAUACAGGAGAGAAGGUCUCUUGA